AAUUCCUAUCCCAUUAAAAACGAAUCCCAUAAAGGAAAAAUGUGGAUUCCUAAUAGCAGCUGCAUUCUCGUAUGGAAAUAGAUUGGUAGUCUCACGUAACCAAAAAAAAAAAAAUACAGAGAAAAUGGCUCCAAAAAUAGUGCCAUCUUCAUUCAAUUCCAGAUGCCUUACAAACCUCCUCCUUCUCUAUCAAACCCAACCCCUCUCCCGUUCUCAUUCCUUUUCUACUUCUACUAAUCUCUGCAACUCAAUUCAACUUCAAUCAAAUGACCCUCCUCCCAUUUUCGACCCCACUACAGUCCGCGAAACCCUUUCUUCCUACUGCAAUGACUGGCGCCGCGCCUUCGAGUUCUUCAAAUGGGCCGAAACCCAUCACACUUUUCAACACACCACCGAUACAUACAAUCGAAUGCUCGAUAUUCUCGGUAAGUAUUUCGAAUUCGAUCUCUCUUGGGACUUAAUUCAACGAAUGAGUAAGAACCCAGUUUCUUAUCCGGACCAUACCACGUUUCGGAUCAUGUUCAAGCGCUAUGUCUCCGCUCACCUCGUUAAUGAGGCUGUUGGGACUUAUAAUCGUUUGGGUGAGUUUGGUUUAAAGGAUGAAACUUCUUAUUGUAAUCUUAUUGAUGCUCUUUGUGAGUUUAAACAUGUGAUUGAUGCUCAAGAUUUGUGCUUUUGGAAAAAUAGCGAGUUGGGUUUGGAUAAGAAUACUAAGAUUUUUAAUAUGAUUCUUAGGGGUUGGUUUAAAUUGGGGUGGUGGAGUAAGUGUAGGGAUUUUUGGGAAGAGAUGGAUAAGAGAGGAGUUGAAAAAGAUUUGCAUUCUUAUUCUAUAUAUAUGGAUAUACUUUGUAAGAGUGGGAAGCCAUGGAAAGCUGUGAAAUUGUAUAAGGAGAUGAAGAAGAAAGGGAUUAAGUUGGAUGUGGUGGCUUAUAAUACAGUGAUUCGUGCUGUUGGUCUUUCUGAAGGGGUUGAUUUUUCGAUUAGGGUCUUUAGGGAGAUGAGAGAAUGUGGUUGUGAACCCAAUGUUGUUAGUCAUAAUACAAUUAUAAAGCUUUUGUGUGAUAAUGGGAGAUAUAGGGAAGCAUCUAAGGUGCUUGAUAAAAUGCUUGACAAGGGUUGUUCACCAGAUGUAAUUACAUACCAGUGCUUUUUUGCUUCUCUGCAGCAACCGAAAGAGAUUCUUGGAUUGUUCGAUAGAAUGAUUGUUAGCGGUGUUCGUCCGAGGAUGGAUACUUUUGUGAUGCUGAUGAGGAAGUUUGGGAGAUGGGGUUUUCUUAGACCGGUUUUCAUUGUGUGGGAGAAGAUGGAAGAACUCGGGAUGAGUCCGAAUGAGUCAGCUUACAAUGCUCUGAUUGAUGCUUUAAUUGACAAGGGAAUGUUAGAUGUGGCUAGAAAGUAUGAUGAAGAGAUGCUAGUGAAAGGUCUUUCACCAAAGCCAAGAGCAGAGUUGGGAACAAAACUCCUGAGUAAUGGAGCAUCAGAUGAUGAAUUAUUGCAAGCUUAAAUGCUAUUCGGAGUAAACUCUGCGCCCGACCUGGUCAGGCUUGUGGUUUGCUUUCGCAUGCUAUGAUGAAGUUCAAUUCCUCAUGGUCAUCACCAACCUGUUACAUGUUGAAUAACCAACAACUUUCAAAUUUAGGGUGUGAUUAUACCAGCACUAAUACAUUGAAUCCCAUUAGAACUUUACAGUUAAGCGUCUCGCUCAAAUACUAAGAUGGAUGACUUUGUGAGAAGUUUCUUGUGAAACACCCAUCAAACUUUUUGAGCUAUUAAGCUUAAAUAAAGAAGACAAUUUUCCAAUUUCAUUACGGAUAGUGAUGAAAAUGCUUGUGGUAUGAACAUAGAAGCUUAGAAGGCAGAAUAUGUUAAAGUUAUUU